AUGGAAGAGAGUCCUACAUUUUUGAGAAUGCGAAUGCUUAGAAAAAAAAUGGGAGGAAGAGAACUCAUUGAGUCACUCAAAGAGGCACUUGUUUAA